AUGCCGACCUCGGGCAAGCUCGCCGCGAUCAGACUCUCGACACGGUGUGGUCCCCGCACCUGCGGCAACCAGUUCCGCAGCCUCCCCGCUUUUCUCGGAGGAGCUCCGAACUAUGUAAAGAGUGUCCGCGAACUUUGUCUUGAGAUGGAUGUCACGUAUUGCUGUUUCGCGUCAUUCAACACCAUAUUCUACCAGAACAUGGCAGCUAUAUACGAAUUCACCCUAAACACUGGAGCCAAGAUUCCUGCAGUAGGAUUUGGUACUUGGAAAGCAGCUCCUGGCGAAGCAGGCAAAGCAGUCGAAGCAGCAUUCGCCGCAGGAUACCGACACUUCGACUGUGCUCCAUUAUAUUUCAACGAGCUGGAGAUUGGGGAAGUCUUCAAGAAGGCAACCAUAUCGCGGUCAGAAUACUUUGUCACGACAAAGUUGUGGUCUUCGGAUCACCAAAGAGUUGAGGCUGCUCUAGACAAGUCGUUGCAUGAUCUUGGACUAGAUUAUGUCGACAUGUUCUUGAUGCACUGGCCGGUGACAUUGCCUUCAGACACCGGUGCAGACUACGGAAAGGAAGACCGCGAAGUUCAUGUCGAAGGCUGGGACUUCACUGAUACGUGGGNNGAAAUGGAGAAACUAUUGUCGACAAGCAAGGUUCGCGCCAUUGGAGUUGCAAACUUUUCGACUGUCGACCUCGAGAGACUCUUGAAGACAGCAACCGUUACACCAGCCAUGAACCAGACAGAGCUACAGCCCCUGCUGCCACAGAAGAAACUCAAUGAAUACUGUCGAUCCAAAGGUAUUCACCAGACGGCCUUUGGUCCGCUAGGCGGUACAGGUAGUACACUCCACGAAGAACCCGCCAUUACCGAGAUCGCCAAAGCAAAAGGUGUGGCGACUGGCAAUGUGAUGCUCAGUUGGGGUCUUCAGAAAGGAUGA